AUGCUUCUCGAGACCACGCCCUGCAUGCAAAAUCUCAAUGUUGCAGAAAUGCAACACUUACUCAACUACGUUUCGUCUCGUCUUAGAGCGUGUGCCUCCGCCCUUGUAAGCUUGGAGGACCGUUGGCAAUACGUCACGCCUCCGGGGUUGAAACCGGAAUGGUGGCGACAGCUGCGAGUAGACUUGAACCAUGGCCUUAUUAUCUUGGCCUCGGCCACUCUCCAGCACCCCGGGAAAAUCGUCACCCCAGUUUUCCUCGAGCACCUACACCGACUUCUCAUUUAUGGAGGCAUCGAUUCACCUCAAGAUGUCGCCCUUGUCGUCACCGAUUACCCCCGCCAAGCCCAUGACUACGCCGUGACCCGCUAUGUUGACUGUUGGUGGGACUACACCCCCGAUCAGUUCGAGCUCCAACGCCCUCGAAACCUUUCGGUCAGAGACCUCGUUCUUGCGUGGAAGUCCCAACACAUGGCCAACACGAUACCGUACUUCCCGCCCCUCCCCUUCGAAAUCGCCAACCCUUGGGAAGAGUGGAAGCUCAAGCCCAUCAAGGAGACUUUCGUCGAGCUUCGCAGCAAGAUCGACGGUCUCAACGCCCAGCUCAGAGACACCAAAGCGGCCGUCGAACUCUUCGAGCUGACGUGCUCCAAGUUCCGCGGUCUCUUAGAUCUGCGUAUCGACGAGAAGCCUGCGUCCCCCGAUCCUCAAUCCAACAUUUCCGACCCAUCCCCUUCCCAACCCCGCUCACCCGUUAUUUGGGGUACCUGGGAUUCCACCCCCCCCUGGAAACGGUCUCCUCCGUUGCCAGAAUCCCUUCGCCAACUCUCGCCGACUGGUGGUGAAACCUCAGAGGACUUGGCGCGCCAGGGUAAGAAUCAUGGGGACGACUCGUUGGAGAUGGAUUAG